AAAACUGAAAAUAAAUAAACAACUCGAAACUAGACGAUAAUGGCUGGUCCAUCAGAACCAUUGUUAUCUCAUCUUGGCUCCGAUGAUCCCCAAGUCCACGGGAAAUCCAGACCCGAAGAAUUAACUUUCGACAAGAUCCUCCAACACAGUCUAUCAGAUUUCGGUUUCUGGCAAUUUUUCCAGACGUUCCUCGUUGGACUCGCUUUGCUCUUCGAUGCUCAGCAGAUAUUCAUCACCGUGUACACAGAUGCAUACCCCACGUGGCACUGUCUAAACCACACGAUCUGCGAUCCUUCUGCUUCCAACAUCUGCAAGCUUCCAAGAUCAGCCUGGGAAUGGGACGGUGGCUCCAAGGGAAGAUACGUCAUUUCAGAAUUCGACCUCGAGUGCUCCAACUCAUUACUCCGAGGUAUGCCUAGCUCUGCUUUUUAUAUGGGUACGAUUGUUGGAGGAUUCGUUUUAGCUUUGAUCCCAGACGAUUUCUUGGGCCGCAAGAAUCUGCUUGUGUUGUCAACAUUUGCAAUGUCACUCACUUCAAUCUCUGUUAUCUUCUCAACCAAUGUAUGGAUUUACGCAUCACUGAAAUUUUUCAAUGGAAUUGCACGCUCUCAAACCUUUUCCUACGCUCUGGUUCUCAUCAGUGAGCGAGUCUCCGCCAGAUGGAGACCGAGAGCUACGAUGAUUCCAUUUACCCUAUUCGUUUUAGGGUUUAUGUCAUUGUCUGGAAUCGCUUACCUUGCUCAAUACUCUUCAUGGAGACUUCUUUAUCUAUACACAUCCAUUCCAGCGAUAUUCUACUGUAUCUUCCUCUAUCUAUUUGCGCUUGAAUCCCCAAGGUGGCUUCACAUGCAAGGCAAUAACUAUGAAGCCAUUGAUGUUCUCAAAAAGAUAUCAUCGAGGAACAUACCCUACUUGGAAUCAGUGAUGUCCAAGUUACCCCUCGAGAUUGAAACCUUCGAACAAGUGCCAAGUAACUCUAUUAAGGACUUAUUCAUCCGGAAGUGGGCAUUUCAGAGGAUUUUGGCUGCUAUGAGCAUAUUGUUUGGUUUGGGAAUGUCGUAUUAUGGAGUUCCUUUAGCAGUUAGAGACAUAGGUGUCAACAUCUACUUGAGCGAAACCCUAAACGCAUUGGUGGAGUUACCUACUUUCGUUAUCACUCCCAUACUAUUGGAGAGAUUCAACAGAAGAAGCUCUGUUCUUUGGAAUGCCUUACUUGGUGGAGCAUCCGGGGUAUUCUGUUUUGUUCUCAGCGUUUUUGGAAAAGCAGAGAUUGCAUUUGCUUUCGAACUUGGGACAUUCUUUUGUUCAAGGAUUGGAUUCAACCUAAUGGUGGUUUAUAUGGUUGAAAUGUUUCCGACUUGUGUGAGGAAUUCCGCAACAAUGAUGUUUAGACAGGCACUUAUUGUUGGGGGAGCUUGUUCUCCGCUAAUUGCUUCAAUUGGAAGAGACGUACCAUCAGUAUCGUUUGCGAUAUUCGGAAUGGCGAUGUCUUUAGGAUUGUUCGUUUUGAUUCUGCCUGAGACAAAAGGAUUAAGUCUCUGCGAUUCAAUGGAAGAACAAGAAAUGAGAGAGCAAGCCUUAAACACUAGCCGUUGUUGAGAGUUUGUUAUGAGGUGGCAGUGGAAGAAAACAAAGAAGAAAGUAUCAGCUCUGAGUCAUCUUUUGUUCAUUAAAAAUAAGUAUCGUGUGUUCUUCUUAAUAUUCAUGCUUUGGGGCCUCUAUCAGUUUGUUUAGCUUAUAGAUUAUCCAUUGAAAACAAGUAUCGUUUGUCGUC